AGCACCCCCCCAAACUGACCCGAGAUCCCCCCCCCACCUCCCCCCUCCCCAUUUUCCACCCAAAUUCCCGGCUGGAAGCCAAUCCCAGGCCCCUUGGUGACCCCAGCCCCAUUUCCCCAGCCCCUGACCCCUUUUCCCUCCCUUUUCUUUCUGUUUUCCCCCAUUUUCCCCCAUUUUCCCCCAUUUUUCCUCAGUUUUCCUCAUUUUUCCUCAUUUUCCCGCCAUUUUUUCCCAAUUUCUGCCCGUUUUUCCCCGUUUUUCCCCAACCUCCCUCUCCCCCAAGCCAGGGUCGGGUCCCUGUUGUUCCCAUGGGAAUUUUGGGGUCCCCAGAUGGAAUUUUGGAGCCCCACCCCCCAGAUUUGGGUCCUGCCCGUGGGAAUUUCGGGAUUUUCCCGGGAAUUCGGGAAUUUUUGGGUCCCCUCUGUGGAAUUUCGGGGUUCCCCCUGGAAUUUUGGGAAUUCUGCCCCCCAUUAACAGUAUUAACCCCUCCCUCCCCACCGGGGACACCCCAAACCCCGCCCCCCCAGUCCCAAACUGGUUUGUACUGGUUUGUACUGGUGGGGUUGCAGUUUCUCGCUGACUUUUGCCCAAUUCCGGGCGCUUUUGGCCCAAACCCCGCCGCUGUUCCGGGCCGGCCGCGCCCCCAGUGCCUCUGGAACCCCAAAUUCUCAGGGAAAAACCAAAACUCCACAACCCCGCGGCCGGAAUCGCCGGGAAGCGGCGCCUUUUGCACCCAGACGGGGCUGGGGGGGCGGUUUGGGGCAAAAAGGAGCCAAAUUGGGAUUUUCAGCUUGGAGGUGGAUUUUUUUUCUUUCUUCCUUUGAUUUUUUGGGCGGUUUUGGCCCCAGCUUGAGUGGCUUGGUGAGGAAUUUGGCAAUAACGAAGCGGCGCCGCUUUGGGGAGUUGAUUUCCAGCCCUUCCGUGUUGUUUUUUUUACCCAUUUUGAGCCAAAAUCAUCGUUUCUUUUGGGUCUGUUGGAGGGGGGUUUUUUUGGGUGGAUUCCUUCAAAAUCGCCUCGUUUUGGGGUGAAGCCACGGGGAGGGGGAGGGAUGGUUCCGGGGGGGGCGCUGGACCCCAGAAUCGCUCCUUUUCCCCCCGAAGCGGUGGCGGAAUUAUUUAAUUUGUAAAUAAUGUACAAAUUUUUACCAGCUCCGGUGUAAAUACAAUAAAGGUUGCAGUAAAGCUCGGCUCCUCCCGCCCGCCAGGGGGCGCGCGGCGGCGCCGCCCGUGUCUCUAUGGUCCUCCCCCCCCCCCCAAGUCUCUGUGGUGGAUCAACCAUAGAGACAGCCGCUCGUACUGGUUUGUAGUGGUGUCGCACCCGCCAAAGUCUCUGCGGUUGGUGCGGAGCUCCCGGUACUGGUUUAUACUGGUUUAUACUGGUGUUUUCGCCUCUGGGCCGCUCCGGUUUCUCUUUCCUGUCUCUAUGGUUAUGGCGGCGGCAGCGGAAGCCGCUCUGGCCGCCGGGCCCGUCUCUAUGGUUCUCCCGCCGCCGUUACUCCUCCAUGGCGGCCGCGCUGCGGGUCCUCCCGCCCGCCAGGCGGCGCCGCCUCCCCGGCGGCCGCUCUGUGCCGCCACAUCCGGGUCCCGCGCGGCGCGAUGGCGGCGGAGGGGCCCGAGGAGGGACCCGGGGGCUCCGGGGGCACCGGGGAGGCGAUGGACGGGGACGGGGACGGCGGUGAGAGCCCGGGAACGGGCGGGGGCCCCCCGGCCGAGCCUCCCCCUCCCGCUCCCCCCGAUCCCGAUCCCGGUGCUGAUCCCGAUCCCGAUCCCGGUGCCGGUCCCGAUGAUCCCGGUGCCGAUGCCGGUGCCGCCCCUCCCCCCCCGGCCGCCCUGAACGGGGCCCCUCCCCCCGCGGAGCCGCCCCCGGAGGAGCCGCCGCCGUUCCCGCCCGAGUUCCAGCGGCUCUGGGGGGCGGCCCAGGGCAGCCCCCACGACUUCGGCGCCUGGACCGAGCUGCUGGCCUACGUGGAGCAGGAGGAGCUGCUGGAGGCCGCCCGCCGCGCCUUCGACGCGUUCUUCCAGCGCUACCCGUACUGCUUCGGCUACUGGCGCAAGUACGCCGAGCUGGAGCGGCGCCUGGGCAGCGCCCGCCGCGCCCAGCAGGUGCUGGAGCGGGGGCUGCAGUCCAUCCCCCUGAGCCUGGAGCUGUGGCUGCACUACAUCGGCCUCCUGCAGAGCUCGCUGGACCCCGCGCGGCCCGAGAGCGCCCAGCGCGUGCGGGGGGCGUUCGAGGCGGCGCUGGCGGCGGCCGGGAUGGAUUUCCGCUCGGACAAGCUCUGGGAAUCCUACGUGGAGUGGGAGCGGGAGCGCGGCGACCUCCGCGCCGUCACGGCCAUCUACGACCGCCUGCUGUCCAUGCCCACGCAGCUCUACAGCCACCACUGGGAGAGGUUCAAGGAGCACGUGCUGCAGCACCCGCCCGGUGCCAUCCUGUCCCCCGAGGAGCUGCUCUGGGUCCGCUCCAAGCUCGGGCCCGGCCCCGAGCCCGCCCCGAGGCCGCCGGAGGCGCCGCCGGGCGCGGAGCCGCCCCCCGGGGCCCCGCCCCAGGCUCAGGAGGAUCUGGACCAGGAGAAGAUCCGGGAGCUCGUGAUCUCCAUGAGGCAGCAAAUCUACACCCAGAACGAGGCCGAAGUCAGCAAACGCUGGAACUUCGAGGAUGGGAUCAAGCGUCCCUAUUUCCACGUGAAGCCCCUGGAGCGGGCGCAGCUGCGGAACUGGCGCGAGUACCUGGACUGGGAGGUGGCGGCGGGCUCGCACGAGCGCAGCAUCGUCCUCUUCGAGCGCUGCCUCAUCGCCUGCGCCCUCUACGAGGAGUUCUGGGUCAAGUACACGCGGUACCUGGAGUCCCGCACGGUGCCGGGCGCCCGCAGCGUUUUCCAGCGCGCCUGCGGCUUCCACCUGCCCCGCAAGCCCAACAUCCACCUGCUGUGGGCCGCCUUCGAGGAGAAGCAAGGCAACGUGGACGAGGCCCGGCGCAUCCUGCGCAGUUUCGAGGCGGCGGUGCCCGGCCUGGCCAUGGUGCGGCUGCGCCGCGUCAGCCUGGAGCGCCGGCACGGGCGCGUGGCCGAGGCCGAGGCGCUGCUGCUCGAGGCCAUGAGGGCCAACGAGGGGCUGCCCCUGGGCUCCUUCUACGCCGUCAAGCUGGCCCGGCAGGUGUGCAAGGUGCAGAAGAACCUGGGCAAGGCCCGCAAGGUGCUGGUGGAGGCCCUGGAGAAGGACCCGGAGAACGCCCGGCUCCACGCCAACCUGCUGGAGAUGGAGUUCGGGGCGGACGUGGGGCAGAACGAGGGCAACACCAUGAGCUGCUUCGAGCGCGCCCUGCGCAGCCCCCUGCCCGACGAGGCCAAGCUGCUCUUCUCGCAGCGCCGCGUCGAGUUCCUCGAGGACUUCGGCUCCAGCAUCCACAGCCUGCUCAAGGCCUACGAUGAGCACCAGAAGAUCCUGAAGGCGCACGCGGCCCGGAAACGGGCGCCCGAGAACGGCUCAGAGGAACCCGACGACAAACGGCUCCGACCCGACGACCCCUCGGGGCUCCUGGGACCCCUCAGCUUUUCAGGGGGGGACCCCAACCCCUCCUACAACUACUGGUACCAGCACGGCUACGGCACCUACGGCUACCAGAGCCCCUGGGGCUACAGCCACUACUACGGGCAGAGCUGAGGGGGCCCUGCCCCCACCCCACCCCACCCCCACCCCUGUACAGACCGCGGGACCCCUCCCCCAAAAUUUGGGGCAGGGGGGCGUUGUAAAUAAAGAGGCUGUGAGGAGUUUA